AUGUUUACCACUAUCAUAGAUAGUCACCCUGAUCUCACCAACAUAGAAAAGCUGCAGCAUCUACGAUCAUGCCUGAGGGAUACUGCGUUGGAAACUAUUCGCUCGCUGGAAAUUUCGGACGGCAACUACGCAAUUGCUUUGGAUUUACUGCAAAAUAGAUUUGAUAAUCGUCGUUUGGUUUUUCAGGCACACAUUACUGAGAUCCUGGGAAUAAAGGCGGUGCAGAGUGGUUCCGUUUCGACACUUCGGGAGCUGUCGGAUAAAUUCAACGCUCAUAUCCGCGCUCUUAAGGGGCUGGGCACGACGGAACAAAUUGCAGGAUGCCAUCGUCCAAAUCCUGUUCCAAAAAUUGGAUCCGGCAAGUCAGGCCAAGUGGGAAGAGCGUUUAGAGGACCCUGCCUUCGUCAACUUAAUUCCUACUUGGGAGUCAAUGGCAUCAUUUCUGGAGCAGCGGUGCAGGACGUUGGAGACGAUGGAUUUUGCCAUGGCAAACUAUGCGCCGGGCAUUCAGUCUCGAUUUCAGAAAACCCCGCUGAUCUGGAUGUGUUAACCCCAGCACAUUUUUUGAAUGGUGGUCCGCCUUCAUCUUUCGUCGAGCCAGAUGUGACCAGUCUCAACUUCAAUCGCUUGGAUGGAUGGCAACGCGUGGCCUACUUGCAGCAGAUCUUUUGGUCCCGAUGGAAGGAAGAAUACCUAACACUUCUGCAGCAGCGCUCCAAGUGGCGCACCCCCAAACCGGGCCUGGUUGUCGAUGACUUAGUUCUGGUCAAGGACGAAAACUUGCCUCCCAUGAAGUGGCCCCUCGCCAGAGUGAUUGAGCUGCUGUUCGGUGGAGAUGGCGUUGCUCGAGUUGCCGUUCUGAAGACAGCCUCAGGAGUGACAAAGCGAGCAGUGAACAAGCUAUGUCUGCUGCCCCUUAAGGAUGAUGUUGAAACCCAGGCUUCCAACGGGGGGAGUAUGUCGGGUCACGCAGCCGCAGCAGCUAAUUAA